AUGAAGGCAUGCUGUGUGACGGAUGCUCCUAGUGCAAGCUGCUGCAACGACACCAGCAACUUGUUCACCUUCACGCCGGGUUAUAUACAAGCGGUCAUCAACGGCGACGGUACGAAUCGCCUAGGCCCAUAUGUUGCGGCAGAUCAGAAAUCCGCGUCGACCACGACAACACCAGCGGGGUCUGAAGCCAAUUCCUCUAUUGAUGCAUCUGCCAGCACCAUUGCCGCUGCCACCACCGGUGACACAGAUGCGCUGCCGACUUCUGUCAGAGACGCCAUCAUUGCAGUAGGAGCUGUCCUCGGAACAAUCCUCUUGAUCUCACUUGUGUCACUGGUAUUUGUGUGGCGGAAGUAUUCUCAAGAGAGACAACUGCGACGUGAGGACCGAGAGAUAACGAGGCGGCAACAGAAGGAAGAUUGGCCUCAACACACAUAUCAAGGCACAUUCCAAGGAGACGGAACGGACGUGGCAGGAGCGAGAGGCGAAAUGUACGCUGGGGAGCCCAAGGGUGCAUGGUCCCAAAGGAUACAUGAGCUGCCUUCAUCUCAUAAGAUUGGCGAGCUAGAUGCUCAGUCCUAG